CGGGGUCCGGAGUCCGCCUCGCGGUCUAGCCUCGUGGUGUCGAGUCGGGGGUCGGAGUGGCCGUCCGGAGUCCGCCCCGCGGUCCUGUAUCGCGGUUCUGAGUCCCGGGAUGGGAGCCGGGAUCCGGGGUCCGCCCCGCGGUCCAGUCUCGAGGUUCUGAGUCCCGGGAUGGGAGCCGGGAUCCGGGGUCCGCCCCGCGGUCCAGUCUCGAGGUUCUGAGUCCCGGGAUGGGAGCCGGGAUCCGGGGUCCGCCCCGCGGUUCUGAGUCCCGGGAUCGGAGCCGGGGUCUAGUCUCACGGUCCUGCGUCGUUGGGAAUCCGUCUGGGUCCGGCGUUCUGAUUCCGAGGCUCGGGGUUCCCCGCUGCGGGGUCAGGGCAGUCUGCCCAAGUGAAGGCGGGAGUUCGCGGUGGGGAGUCCGCGUCCACGUGGUGGUCCCGAGUGCGGGUCCAAGGCAGCGAUCUGCGUCUGCGCGGGGAGGCCGCCUUGCUGCCGACGUGGCAGACUCGGGGCUGGGCGGGCGGGGGGCGGGCUUCGAGCCAAGAUCCCAGUCGGGAUCCGGGACUGGGCUGCGCUGUGAUUGGGGGAGGGGCUGGUGGGGGGGGUCUAGAGUCCGAGUUAGAUUCCAAGGUGAGAGGAGGGGGUCCGGGUCGGGGCGGCUUCCUGGGAUUCGAGCCAGAGUGGUGGUUCCGAGUCAGGACUGGACGCUCUGGAAGGUGCUGGUUCCCAGUCAGGUCUGGGUGGGGAGUCUGACUCGGAGAUCGGGGCUGGGGUUUGGGGUCCGAGUUGGGGAUCCCAGUCAGAAGUUGGAACGGAGGUUUCUAGUCGGGGUGGGGAUUCUGAGUCACAGUCCGCUGGGAGUUGGGGUUUGGAAUCACGGGUCUAAGCAAGGGAGGGGAGUGCGGAAUGGAAGUCUUGGUCACGCCCAGGAUUGGAGUCGAAGACUGGAGUUGCGGCUCUCAGUCUGGACAGUAGUGGGGGACAGCCUGGGAGUUGGGUUCCCCCAAGCCCCAACCCGUGUUCUCAGCAUAGCAAACUGCCUUUUCUGUGAAACGGGGGUGAGUGCCUUCUUCCCGCAGGACGGUUCUGCUGGUGGACGGCAUGAGCUCCUCCACGCCAGAGCUCUGCCUAGACGGAGAGCCACCCGGGACAGAAGGACGUUGCUAGCCCAGUAACGCUCGCAUUUUGGGUACAUUUGCCGGUCCCUCUCCAUACUGCGGUGCCCGUGCUGGACCGAGAGCUUCCAGGAGGGACUUUUCUGUUCUGUUCUCUGAUGCCCCCCCCCCCCCCCGCCAAGAGCCUGAUGCACAGCCUCGCAGGACUUGGGGAAGGAAAGCAGGCAGGAUUAACCAGAUUUCCAUGGUGUCUCAAAUGACCCAUCUCUGCACCUGUUUUCCAGAUACUCACUGGGAGAAAAAUUUAAGGAUUGGGUUGCUUGAUUACGGUUCUAUUUUAAUGUGUUUCCAAACAUGUUAAAGAGAAAAGUGGGCCUGUUUCAGGAUUUAUGCUCUAGCUAGAGGGAUCUUUUAAAUUGGGAAUCAGAGCAUGUCCAAAUUCAAAUAAGGAGAGCACGAGAACAUUAUGAACUAGUUCCCUCGUGGAUGCCGAGGUCCCACGCACACCGUCCGCUCACCGAGUGCGACGGUGUGCUGCAGCGUUCUUCGACAAGGGGAUUUCUCCUAGGAAUGCAGAGAUGAUCCAAUAUCAGAAACUCUACCCGUGUAAUUCACCACGUUAGGAGACUAGAGGAGAAAAACCAUAUGGUUCUCUCAGUAGAGACAGAAAAAUUACACAGUUCCAGGCCUCUGCAUGAUUUCAGGGCAGGGGGAUAGCACUUAGCCAGCCCGGACGAGAUUCUGUACCAACGACUGGCUUUUCGGCAGACUGUCUCCGUCCCUUCCAGCGGGGGACGAGGCACAGGGGGCCACCACAGGCACAGGCAUCCCCUCCCACGAGGGAAGGGGACAGAGCCAAGGGAGAGGCCCAGGAGAGAGGGAACCGCCCGUGCUGAGACGAGAAGCCUCUGCUCCUCAGACAAGGUGUUGAAGCCCCGAGAGCACCUAGUUCUCGCGGGCCGCAUCUGUGGGUGGGUGGUUAGCCCCUCAGAAGCUAAACCUGAGCAGCAGGAAAAACCAAAGCCAGGGCCAUCCCGCAUGGAUUCCGGCGGGUCACGCUUCCUUUGGGAAACUCUCUAACUUUGUGAGAGUGAGAGCAGAACAGGC